AUGGAGCCAAAAGCCCACCUCGGUCAGAGUUACAACAAACAACCCGACGUGGAUGCGGACAACAUUGGCAAGGACGGCAGGCACUGUUGCGGAGACGUCAAGGUCGUCUGUCCUCUCAGCAGCAGCGGGGAGCACGGGACCGGGCGCUGGCAUACCAGGGGGGGCAGGGUGGUGGGCGGCGACCGCCGCAUACCGUCCUACGGCGGGGACUAUCGCUACGCCAGGGAGGACAAGGACGUCGACGUGCAGCUGCUGCUGUUCGAGUCGUUCGGCGGGUUCGGGAGGGGGGUCCGUGAGAUCCUCCGGAAGGCGGCGAACGUGCUACAGAACAAGCUGACGCGGGCCCAGUACCUCGAUGAGGUGACUUGGACCACCAAGAAUUGGCUGGGGCUGCAGAAGCAGCGUAUCUCAGUCGUUCUUCACACGGCAAUCGCAGAGCAGGUUGUGAAUGAGCUUGCCUGUGGCGGGGGUGGGCGGGUGCACGGAGCUAAGUGCCUCGCCACCCUCGCAGGAGUCGCUUAG